AUGCCAGAAACAUCAAUUUCCCCACCGGCCGUCACACGCCCAAGCAAACCUGUUUCGGAAGCUCUUUUGAACGAGAAGUGGGACCACUGUCUCUCCUCGAUGCUCAUACGAUCCUCCGUCGGACUCGGAUUUGGUGUUGUCGCCUCAGUCUUGAUAUUCAAGCGAAGAGCAUGGCCUGCAUUUGUUGGUGUUGGAUUCGGUGCUGGAAGAGCUUAUGAGGAGUGCAACACCUCAUUCAGAAGGGUGGGAAAGGAUGGUAUUAGAGUACAGAGACCUUGA